CCACAGGAAGAAAUUUCGCGUAUAAAAGCGGUUUGCGCGGGUCAUUCUCGCUAUCAGUCUUCUUCCACCAGAGAAAUGGCUUUUACGAAGAUUCUACUAGUGGUUUGCCUCGCCAUCGGCACAAUCUCCGGGUUCAGCAUCUCGGACCAGAUGCAGAACGCGCUGGUUUCCGCGAUCCGAUCCCGCACACGCACCUGGGUCGCCCAAGUGUACGAUCAGCGGGAAAAGUUUGGAGUCAUGAACUUGGGUCUUCGUCCCAACGAGUCCGUUGCCAACGCCGUACCACUGCUGGAGAAUCAACGCUCGGUUCGCUCCCUCCCGGAGAGCUUUGACUCGCGGCAAAAGUGGCCAAACUGCCCUUCGCUGAACCAAAUUCGUGACCAGGGUUGCUGCGGAUCUUGCUACGUCGUGUCGACCGCCGCGGCCAUCACCGAUCGUUACUGCAUCCAUUCCGGGGGUCAAAAGCAGUUCACAUUCGGAGCGACGGACUAUCUGGCCUGCUGUACGGAUUGCUUCAAGUGUGAUGGUGGUUACGUUGGGAAAACUUGGCAAUACUGGGUGGACUCGGGCCUCACCAGCGAGGGACCGUACAAAUCUGGCCAGGGAUGCAACUCGUACCCGUUCGGCAGCUACUGCGUCAACGACCCGCUCCCGACGUGCAGCCGGAAGUGCCAGGCAGGAUAUCCGCUGGCCUACAGCCAGGACCUCAAGUACGGAGCCAGCGCUUACCGUGUCAUGUGGAACGAAAAUGCGAUCAUGACCGAGAUCUACCAAAAUGGACCGGUGGUCGUACAGUUUGAGGUGUUUGCCGAUUUUUACCAGUACAAGAGCGGAGUGUACCGUCACGUUACCGGAGCGACUGAAGGUUGGCACGCGGUUCGAGUGAUCGGUUGGGGCGUUGAGAACGGCGUCAAGUACUGGCUGGUUGCCAACUCGUGGGGAGUACGCUGGGGCGACAAGGGCUUCUUCAAGUUUGUCCGUGGAGAGAACCAUCUAGGAAUCGAGGACUUUGUCUACGCCGGACUACCCAAAUAUUAGUGGGGAGAGGCCCGUAAACAUGCGAUACGACUUUCAGAAAUUUCUCGAGUUGUGUAUUAAUCGUGCUUGACCUGGAUUUUUUCAUCGCACUUCUUUGUCUGACUGAGAACUGCCAAAUAAACUGAAAUACAGGUUA